AUGGCGUUGUGCCGUUGCCUGCUACUGGGCUGCGCAGCCCUGGCUUCGGCCGCCCCCAGCUUCAGCAUCAAGGGCAGCCGACCCACCAUUCUUGAUGGCGUGGGUUUCCAGCUAAGCCUUUCCUUGAGCUACCCUUCCAGCGACAACCUGGCCGGUGUGAGCAACAUCUAUGUGCGUGUCCAGAAUGGUGCCCAGAACGUCUCUGGAGUGAAGACCUACGGGCUCUACUCAGGCGAUACGCUCAGGACGUCUUUGACCUUGAACGACUUGAUGCUGAACGAAGUCGGCACGCAUGAGCUCACUGUGGAGGUUGCCUACGCACCGGACUUUGUCGGGGCUUCUUCGGGGAGUUACGAGGCUUGGGUGAUCUCCGGCUUCGUGUCCCUCCUGCCGCCCCUCUUUGUGAUCCUCGUGGCGGGGCUUACUCAAGAAGUGCUGUGGGCGCUUUGGGUUGGGCUCUUCGUAGCCGGGGCUGUUGUCCACAAGGGGAACAUCUUCGAUGCCUUCUUGAGGACUUUGGACACUUACAUGGUGAACUCGUUGGGGGAUUCAGGGCAUGCCUUCGUGAUCCUCUUUUCCUGGUUUCUUGCCGGGCUCGUGGCCGUGGUGCAGAAGUCCGGAGGAGGCCACGGCAUCGCCAAUGUCAUGCUGAAGCGCAUCUCCACCCGCCGGGGUGUUCAACUCGCGGUGUACUUGUUGGGCUUCGUGAUCUUCUUUGAUGACUAUGCCAACACGCUCAUCUUGGGCAAUACCAUGCGAGGCAUUUCUGAUGCCUUCUUCGUCAGCCGUGAGAAGCUGGCCUUCCUGGUGGACGCGACUACCGCGCCGAUCGCUUCUCUGGCGCCGAUCUCCUCUUGGAUCGGCUUUGAGGUGGGCCUCAUCAACGACCAGUUGGAGACGUUGAAAGGCCUUGGAUAUGAAGCUGCACUUGAGGAAGCAGGCCUCACCAAUGGAUACAGCAUCUUCCUUUCAUCCCUGGUCAGCCGCUACUACCCCAUCUUCAUGCUGAUUUUUCAGCUCAGCCUCAUUGUCUUCCAGCGGGAUGGUGGCCCCAUGCUUCAGGCGGAGCGCCGUGCCAUUGACAAGAAACAGGUAAUCUCCCCUACGGCAAAGGAAAGUGAGGUGACCCUGGACUCAUCCAUGGAGCCAUCGGAGAGCACCCCGAAGCGGUGGUGGAACAGCGUCGUGCCAAUCCUCGCCACUCUGAUUGCUGUGUUUGCUGCCUUGCUGGUCACUGGCUACAACACGACCGUGGACGGUGGACAGGAGAUGACGGCCGCGAACCUGUUUGGCAAUGGGGACUCGUACUCGGCUCUUCUUUGGGGAGGCUUCAUCGGGAGCGUCGCGUCGUGGGUCUUCAUUCGCUUGCAGUACCAGUACAAAGGCGAGAUCUACAAUCAAUGGGCCCACUGGCUGAAGUGCGACUUUAAGAUGCAGAUGGAGGGAGAGGAACAGCCGCGACCCAUCCUCGACUUCAAGGAAUCUCUGGAUGUUUGGAUUGAAGGUGUGAAGAGUCUCACUUGCCCCGUGCUGGUGCUCUUGAUGGCUUGGGCCAUUGGUGCUGCGGUCAAGGAUGUAUCGUGCGACCUCUUUUUCGCCAGCGUGUUCUCGUCAGACUCGCUGGACUACCGUUCGCUUCCCACGCUGACGUUCCUGAUUGCCUCCUUGAUGUCCUUCUGCACUGGCACCUCCUGGGGUACUAUGUCCAUCAUGUUCCCGCUUGUCCUACCGGCCGCAUGGAUCAGCUCGAGCGGGGACAAGGAGAUCUUUGUCCUGGUUGUGUCCGCCAUCCUGGCGGGAUCGGUCUUCGGAGACCACGCAACUGCUAUCUCAGACACCACGAUCCUAUCUUCCAUGGCGACGAAGUGUGACCUGCGACACCACGUGGUCACACAGCUUCCCUACGCCCUGUUGGUUGCGAUUGUGUCGAUCCUCAUCGGCUACCUGCCCGCGUCCUUCCUCUUCCCAGGCUGGCUGGGCCUGCUCCUGGGUAUGGUCGUCAUGUUCCUCGUGCCCUUCGUCCUCACCGAAAAAGUGGAACAUCCCGACCGACGUUUGGACCCUACGAUGAGGCUCGUGGAGUUGAUCCGGGGCAAGGCGUCGAAAGGCAAUACAUCUGAGAUGGGCAAGGCUGAAGGGGAUCAGGCUUUCUGA